CGCCUGCGCAGAACUCACUUUGCAGCUAAUGAGUUGUUGAGGGAUGCAACGCUCCAUAGCAACAUCAGUACCAGCGGAGGAGGGCUGUAGCGGAAGACCUGGGAGAUAUAUCCUGAGAAUAUCUGAAACAGGUGCUGCAUGCGGACAGCAUGGACGACCAGAAGGAGUCACUGAGGAAGAUUAUCACUACGCUGGCUCUGAAGAAUGAGGAAAUUCAGAAUUUUAUCUGCUGUCUAAAGCAGAGUCUAGAGAACCUAGAGGCGAAUUCAAACCGAGUGCAGGAAGAUCUGGAGUCAGAGUUUACUUCUCUGCAUGCUGUCCUGGAUGAACUGAAAGAGGGCAUGGUCACACGAAUCAAACAGGAAAGAGCCAGUCGCACAUAUGAGCUACAGAGUCAGUUGAGUGCAUGCACCAAAGCCCUAGAGAGCUCCGAGGAGCUGCUGGAAUUAGCCAAUCAGACGCUCUGCUCAUCUGAGAAUGACAGCUUCACUGAGGCUGCCAAAGAGAUAAAGGAUAGUGUGACUAUGGCUCCAGCAUUUCGUCUGUCCCUGAAAGCAAAGGCCAGUGACAGUAUGAAUCACAUGAUGGUGGACUUCUCUCAGGAAAGAAAAAUGCUACAGGCCAUCACAUUUCUUCCAGUGCCUGCUACACCAGAAAUACACGUGGCUGAAUGCCAGGUGUUUGAUAACACAGUCACAGUGGUGUGGACCUUACCUGGACCCGACUCCAAAAUCGACCACUACAUCCUGGAAUAUCGGAGAACAAAUCAUGAAGGUCCUCCUCGGGCUCGAGAAGACCACCCCUGGAUGGUGGUGGAAGGGAUAAAGGAGACUGAGUACACACUCACGGGCCUUCGUUUUGAUACGCGUUACAUGACCUUUAGAGUGAAGGCAUGCAAUAAAGCUGUGGCGGGUGAAUUCUCAGAGCUGGUUACUCUAGAAACACAUGCGUUCGUCUUCAAACUGGACGCAGGUUCAGCCCAUCAGAACCUGAAGGUGGAGGAUCUCAGCGUGGAAUGGGACAGCAGCGGUGGGAAGGUGGCUGUCCAGGACAUCCGUAAGGAGAAGAACAGGACCAGCUCUCCCAUGCACUCUCCUGCCAGGACAGCCAUGAUGUCCCCCAAAAGAGCUCCAUCUGCUAGAGUGGGCCGGGACCGCUUCACAGCAGAGUCCUACACUGUCUUAGGAGACACAAUGAUCGAUGCAGGGCAGCAUUACUGGGAGGUACGGUUUGAUAAGGAGAGUAAGGUGUUUGCAGCAGGAGUCGCUUUGCGGUCUCUAGGACGCUUUGAUCAGUUGGGGAAGAGUAACGCUUCCUGGUGCAUCCACCUUAACAACUGGCUUCAGCAGAGCCUCACAGCCAAGCACAAUAAUAAAGCCAGAACACUGGACUGCCCCAUUCCCGACCGCAUCGGCAUUUACUGCAACUACGAAGAAGGCACAUUGUCUUUUUACAACUCUAGAACCAAAACUCUUCUUCAUACCUUCAGAACCAAGUUCCAGCAGCCUGUUAUACCAGCCUUUAUGGUGUGGAAUGGGAGUUUCUCAGUGCAGACGGGCCUUCAGGUACCCAGCAUCGUGUUGUGCGGUCAGAAGCGAAACAGUAAUACAAGCAGCUCUAAUGCCAGCCUUACUUAAAUCAUACUUUACUCUAGAAAUGCUACACAUUCACACAGGUUUGGAGAACAUCUGGCAACCCUGACAUAACACUGGUCCAACAAAGCCUGGAGACUCUUCCUAUCAUCAGUAUGUCUUCCCAGCCCUGGGGGAGAGCUGCUCUAGUUUGCUUUCCUCAUUCCUAUUAGCUCAUUCAUAUGGAUCCUGUGCCUUUCAGUGUCCUGACAUAAUGAGGUAUUACUCUGUUUCAACAUGCUAACAGCUUUAAUAGCCUUGUCUUCUUGUGUAUAUCACUAUGGCCAAAAGUUAUGUUUUUUGUAGCAUUUGUUUAUUCAUAUCACAGUAUUUGAGCCACAUUUGAAGUUAUUUUAGUGCAGCAGCAGCAUGUUGGUGUUAUUGUUUGAAAUCUCAAACGAAACUGUAUUAUAUUUACACACUGAAUGUCUUUAAUUAUAUGCCUCGAAUUCUGCUUCAGUAGCUGCUUCCGUAAACUUUUUAAAUAUACAGUAUCAGAAUAGCACAAUAAUCUUAAGCUUAAUCAUAGAAAUCAAAUGUUUUUUAAAGAAUGGAAGGAACCAUUUGGUUGUGCACGGUGUGUGUGUGUCUGUGUGUGUGUGUGUGUGUGUGUGUGUGUGUGUGUGUGUGUGUGUCUCCAUGUUCAUAAUCCGUCACCCAGAAAGGUACUUUUCAGUGUUCUUGAUGCAAAUAUUACCAAACUUGAUUUCUUUUUGUAUGCCUGUUGCAAUUACAUAUUACUGAUCACAGAAAACAGUGAUUUUAGUUAUUUUUGCCACAUUGCCGAGGGAUAGUUCACCCAAAACUAAAAAAAAUUCUGUUACAUGUUUUUCCAAACUAACUCUGUGUCUAUGGAACACACAAUACAUUUUGAAAAAUGCUAUAGCUUUCAAGUUUAAUAAAGGACAUGACAUUAUCAGCUGGUAGUUUUGGGUAAGAAACUGCAUUUUUAGUCAGUAGAUACUGAAAAUCUCUCUUCCAGUGAACGGUUCAUUCAAACCAUUGCAAACAGUCAGUGAGUCAUUUGAACUCAGCUGAAUUGGAUUAACUGAUUCAUUGCAAAGAGCCGAUUCAAAAGAAUGAUUAAUUCAUGAUAUGAAUCUCUUACUUUCAUUAAGAGAGCAAGAUUUUUCAGACUGUUUAUCACGCAAAGCUAUCAGAUGACUUUCUAAAGAAUAUAACGAACAAGAUGUACUGUAUGGACCAAAAAGCUUGAAAGCUCCACAUUGUAUUUGAAUUGGAAAACAAACAUAUACAGUUUUAGAACAACAUGUGUGUGUUCAAUGACAGAUCUUUUUUUUUUUUAUUAUUGUUGGCUGAUCUAAUAUAAUCUGCAAUGCUUUUAGUGAAACACCUGAACAUUUUAAACAUUACUGUUUCAAUCUGAAGUCAACCUGUAAAAUUGUGCUAUUACACUACCUGUCACGUCAAUAAAACAAAUGCCAAACAUG